AUGGAAGUCCGUCUCCCUCUGCGCGCACAAGGUCCAACUCAUGAACAAGUUCCGCUCCAUCAGCAUGGACUUCGACCGGACCGGCCCCCGGACCCCCGCGUCUACGACGCGCGCGAGCCCACCAACUUCCUGCUCGUGCAGACCGUCGCGCGCGCCUCCAGCGGCGUCGACCGCGUCUCCAUCCGCAUGGCCGGCCGCGCCAACCCGCAGCGGCGCUUCGAGCUCAUCUACACCGCGAACCGGUGGCUCGGCGUCCCCGGCGUGCUCGCCACCGUCGGCCCCGCCCACCAGAUGGAGGAGUGGCUCUGGCAGAAGCCCUGCGGCGGCCUGCUGGAUCUCGGGGCCCCGGGGAGCCGGAAGGUCGUCGAGCCCAGCGCGCCCGGGCGCGUGACGAUGGCGGACCGCGUGACUGAUCGUCGCUCUGCUGGGAUUGAGGACUGA